AUGAGUAAUGUCAAUAAGGAACAAGGGAGUCCACCACAGGGCGGAACAAAUGUCCAGCAGUCGCUGCCUCAACAAACACCAUCACAAGCGACUUCACGUCCGCCACAACAAGCUCAAGCACCACCACAAUCACAAGCACCACCACAAUCACAAUCACAAUCACAAGCACCACCCCCACAACAACAACAACAACAACAACAGCAGCAGCAGCAGCAGGUGCGAGCCAACCAACCGCAAUACUCACAAGCUGAUUUAAACCGAAUAGUGUUGGAAUAUUUGAAUAAGAAAGGGUAUCAUAGAACCGAAUCGAUGUUAAGAUUAGAGAGCACAAAUACACCUACACCAGCCGUAGAGCCAGCAACUCCAGGAAAUACAACACUAGCACCACCUGGAGAAAUCACUGGUGGUAGUGCCAGUAAUAGCAAUAACAGGAGCACUAAUACUAAUACUAAUACUAAUACCACCAAUACCACCAGCACCACCAGCACCACCAGCACCACCAACACUAAUGUCCCUGCCAAUUCCACGGCCAGUACCACCACCAACUCUACUGCCAACUCUACUACCAGUACCGCGAACAAUAGCAACCAAUUAGCACAAGAUAAAGCCGCUAAAUACGAAAAAGAAUUACGCGAGUUGAGGGAAAAACAAGCGAAAAUUGAAAAAGAGUUGCAAGAGACGAAAGAUCGUGAAUUGAAGAUGGCUAAGGAAGCAGAUUUAAAGGAAUUGAAAUUGAUAGAGGCAAAAACAAGAGUUGAAAAUGACCCAGAAACUUAUUUUACUGCGUAUUCCAUGUUGCGCAAAUGGGUUGAAUCGUCAUUGGACUUGUAUAAACCAGAGCUUUCACGUGUAUUAUACCCGCUAUUUAUCCACUGCUUCUUGGAGUUAAUUACCAAGGGGUUCAAUGCCAAGUCAAAGGAAUUUUUUGACAAAUACAAGUCAGAUCAUAUGAUCUUGCAUGGAAUGGAAGUAAAAAAAUUUGCUGGUUUAUCCUUACCCGAACAUCUUAAGGAAGACGACACCGCUGUGGCUUAUAGGAAAUACAGGUAUAGGAUAUUGGUAUCCAAGACUUCGCUCAAUUUGCUAUUAUACUUUCUUCAUGAAAACGAAGCCGUUGGUGGGUCUAUCUUGAUCCGUAUAAUCAACCAGUAUUUAGACCCAGUGAUUUCAAAGAAUAAACCCGAUAAGAUUGAUCAAGAGGGAGAAGCAAACCCGGAAGAGGGUAUUUCAGAGUAUAUUGCUAAUACCAAUGAGUUGGAGCAGUUCAAUAGUGAAAAGGAGGUUAAGUUGGGCAAAGCUCAGUUGGAUCCAGAGGUUGUUAAAGAAGUUGAAGCAGAAUUAAAAGUCAAGGAUGAGAAAUUGGAACCAGUCAAUGGCAAAACACUUAACGAGGAGUUUAAAGAAAUGACGAAACCAGAUGCUGAUUCACCAAAUAAGGAUACUUUACCUUUUCCAAUGAAGGAUUCUGCAGAUAUCAAAAAGUUGAUUAUGCAAGUGGAGGAUUCGCGUUCCAAGAUCAAGUUGGGUGCGAUUCAAGCCAGCUACCCAUCUGUGUGCAUGUAUACUUUCCAUAAUACAAACAACGACAUGACAUGUAUUGCAUUUAAUGACGAUUCUACAUUGGUUGCUGCAGGAUUCCAAGGAAGCUAUAUCAAGAUAUGGAGUCUUGAUGGUAAGCCAUUGCAAUCGCAAUCAUCAUCACAAAGUAAAAAGGAUAGAAAGAACCACCACUUACCAGACAAUUGUAGAAAACUUAUUGGACACAGUGGACCAGUUUACGGUAUUUCGUUUUCUCCAGAUAACAAGUUUCUCAUCACUUGUUCCGAGGACAAGACGAUCCGUCUUUGGUCAUUGGACACUUUCACUGCGCUUGUUUCGUACAAGGGCCACAAUCAGCCAGUAUGGGAUGUGAAAUUUUCACCAUUGGGCCACUAUUUUGUCACAUCAUCGCACGAUCAAACCGCACGGUUAUGGGCGACUGACCAUAUUUACCCAUUGAGGAUAUUUGCAGGCCACAUUAACGAUGUUGACUGUGUCGAGUUUCACCCCAACUCGCAUUAUGUGUUUACUGGUUCUAGCGAUAAGACAUGCAGAAUGUGGGAUGUGCAGACUGGUCAUUGUGUACGUGUUUUCAUGGGGCAUACAAAUGCAAUCAACACGAUUGCUGCAAGUCCCGAUGGUCGAUGGCUUGCGAGUGCGGGCGAUGAUAAUGUGAUUAAUAUCUGGGACAUUGGCACGGGAAGAAGAUUGAAGACGAUGAAGGGCCAUGGCCGUUCAUCGAUAUACUCAUUGGCAUUUUCCCGCGAUGGAACUGUUUUGGUUAGUGGAUCUGGCGAUUGUAGUGUGAGAGUUUGGGAUGUGAAAAAGAAUACAAAUGAUGCUGGACCUGAACCUGAGGCAUUGUUGAAUGCCACGGGGUCUGCUAAUGCAAGCGAAGCGACGGCCGAGGAGGGUGGAAAAACACAGCAACAACAACAGCAACUGAGUAGAAGAGAUGUUAUUGCCAGUAGUGAUCAUAUGGCUGCUUUUUUUACAAAAAAGACUCCUGUUUUCAAGGUGCAUUUCACAAGAAGAAACCUUUGUUUCGCAGCUGGUGCAUUUCAGCCAUGA